CCAAGGGUGUGUUUUUAGAGGGGUACGUAUACUUGUUCUGCAUCACGCACUGCAUGCAUGGAAAAGGGAGUCGGUGUGUGUGUGUAUAGCAGUCGAGGAAGUUCUUUGAGGAGCCGCGAAUAGUGCACCGACAUCGGGACAAGACGCAACAGGCUCCGGUGCUUUAAGAAGAGAAGCCACCGAGAUGCGGAAAACGUGUCUGUAUCGAUGAGGACUGUUUUUGGAGUUUCCUUUUCACGGGGUGUUGUUGGUGAUGAUGAUAUAGGAAGAAAAAGAACACCAUUUGUACCUUAUAGUGUAAUGCGUUAAGAUAAUCUUUACUUUAUAAAGCCGCACAUAUUUUCUCGGUUAUUUGCAGGUAUAUGUGCACGCGCACGCUCACCUGUCUAUAGUUCCUGGUUAUCCGUCUUCACCUGGAGAGGGUGCACUGCUCGGUUUAAGAGCCAGGAAGUAGGAAACCCAAGAUGCUUUUAGACUUCAGAAAAUGAUCCAGGAAUCAUCUCGUAACUUAGAUUGACACGAACCCCCCCUGCUCCGAAAAUACAGUGUUACUCGUGUUUCCGGAGAGGCUCGGUUCCUCUCAUCUUCUGAAACAUGGAGCUCAAGAUGUUCCUCCUGGUCUCGGGGCUCCUGGUGGGCAGUUUGGUGGCCCUCGGAGGGGCCUCGGGCUCUCCAGCGAAGGGAUGCAAAGACAACAAGCCUCCCGUGAUCGAGAAGGACUGUCACGAACCCGCGAAGAACAGAACCGAUAAGAAAGAGAACGAAACCGUGAAGAAGUCCUUCCCGGUUCUGUCUUUAGAUUAUGAAAACGUCCGGCUCCCCUUCGAGAUCUCAUUAUGGGUUCUGAUGGCUUCACUAAUGAAACUGGGUUUCCACCUGAUGCCUCGCUUGUCCUCCAUCGUGCCCGAGAGCUGUCUGCUGAUCGUGGUGGGUCUGCUGGUCGGGGGUCUCAUAAAGCUGGUGGGCGAAGUCCCUCCGGUGCUGGAGUCCAAGAUCUUCUUCUUCUACCUGCUGCCUCCCAUCAUCCUCGACGCCGGCUACUUCCUGCCCAUUCGGCAAUUCACGGAGAACCUGGGCACUAUUCUGAUGUUUGCAGUGGUGGGAACGCUCUGGAACGCCUUCUUCGUGGGUGGUCUUCUGUAUGGAGUUUGCCAGCUCCAGAGCGCUAAUCUGGGGGACGUGAACCUCCUGUCGUGUCUUCUAUUCGGCUCCAUCCUCUCAGCCGUGGACCCCGUGGCUGUUCUGGCUGUGUUCGAGGAGAUCCACAUUAACGAGCUGCUCCACAUCCUGGUGUUCGGAGAGUCUUUACUCAAUGACGCCGUCACUGUGGUGCUCUAUCAUCUCUUCGAGGAGUUCUCCAAUGCCAAUACGAUCACUGCCACCGAUGUGUUUCUGGGUGUGGUGUGUUUUCUGGUCGUGUCGUUGGGUGGCAUCGUGGUGGGUGCCAUCUACGGCAUCCUGGCGGCCUUCACGUCACGCUUCACCUCGCACACGCGUGUCAUCGAGCCUCUGUUCGUCUUCGUCUACAGCUACAUGGCUUACCUGUCGGCCGAGGUGUUUCAUCUGUCCGGCAUCAUGGCACUAAUCGCAUGUGGAGCCGUCAUGCGUCCUUACGUGGAGGCCAACAUUUCCCAUAAAUCCCACACCACCAUCAAGUACUUCCUGAAGAUGUGGAGCAGCGUGAGCGACACGCUCAUCUUCAUCUUCCUGGGAGUGUCGACGGUGGCCGGGCCGCACGAGUGGAACUGGAUCUUCGUGGGGGCGACCCUCUUUUUCUGUUUGGUGGCGCGUGUUCUGGGUGUAAUCGGCUUGACCUUCGUGAUCAACAAGUUCAGGAUCGUCAAACUCACGUCUAAGGACCAGUUCAUCAUCGCUUACGGCGGUCUGAGAGGAGCGAUCGCCUUCUCCCUGGUCUAUCUGCUGAGCUGUGAUCACUUCCCCAGGAAGAACAUGUUCCUCACCGCCAUCAUCACGGUCAUCUUCUUCACCGUGUUUGUGCAGGGCAUGACCAUUCGUCCUCUGGUGGACCUCCUGGCGGUGAAGAAGAAGCAGGAAACGAAGCGAUCUAUUAAUGAAGAGAUUCACACACAGUUUUUGGAUCAUCUGCUAACCGGCAUCGAGGACAUCUGCGGACAUUACGGACACCAUCACUGGAAGGACAAGCUGAACCGGUUCAAUAAGAAGUACGUGAAGAAGUGCCUGAUAGCAGGCGAGCGCUCCAAAGAACCACAGCUGAUCGCCUUCUACCACAAGAUGGAGAUGAAGCAGGCCAUCGAGCUGGUGGAGAGCGGCGGAGGAUCCAAGCUGCCCUCGGCCAUGCCGUCCACCGUCUCCAUGCAGAAUAUCCAGCCCAAGAGGUCCUCUCAGGAGCGUGCGCUGCCGCAGCUCUCCAAGGCUCGUGAGGAAGAGAUCAGGAAGAUCCUGCGCACAAACCUGCAGAAGACACGCCAGAGACUCUACUCGUACAACAGACACACGCUGAUCGCUGAUCCGUAUGAGGACGGCUGGAACGAGAUGCUCAUCAGACGGAAGAAAAUGAAGGAUCUGGAAAAGAAGAUGAACAAUUACCUCACUGUUCCCGCUCCACCAUCUGAUUCUCCGUCCGUCGCUCGAGCUCGACUGACUUCAGACCCUCAAGUAAGAGGCCUCAAGUCCGCCACAAAAAACAUCCCCAGCAUUAAAGUGGACUUCGCCUCACCGCAGAACCCAGAGUCCUUCAGCGUGGAGGAUGAGUUCAGACAGAAGGGAAGCCAGCCGAAGGAGAGCAAGGAGGACGACGGUGGCCUGACCAUGAAAGUCCCCUCUCCUGAGAAACAGAAGAAGGACAAGACUCCUGACGAGGAGCCGCAGCAGCGGUUAAUGCGCUGUCUGAGUGACCCAGGCCCCGCAGCCGAAGAGGAAGACGAGGACGACCCCUUCCUCCCCUGAGAGAGCAGCCGUCUGUCCUCAGGAGGAUCAUUAACUGCUAUAACACAAGACAGAUAUAUAUCAUCUGUAGCAAGCCAAAACGAGAACGUCAGGAAAACCAACCAAAAUAAAGGAGCGAUCAAAAAAAGCCUUUUACUAUUUUUUCUGCUUGUCAUUGUUCUUAUCAUGUGAAGCCUAAAAACUGUCCUCACCGAGCGACGAGGGAUCGAGCUCCGUCAAAUGUCCGGUUCGGAAGCAAAUGUUCCCUUUCCGGCAUUUGCUAUGGAAUAAUAAUAUUCCACACGAGAGGAACAGAUCUAUGCAUAACCAAACAGUCGCUCUGUUUGAAGUCGCUCUCAGGUGAAACUCUUCUCUUGUUGUUCUCAUAAGCAUCGAUGCAUUUCUAGUUCAUGAUGCUUUUGUAUUGAUUCACAUGAAUUGCCUUUGUGCCGAGUGCAUCACUAGUUGUGUUUUACCUCUGGGGAAUUAGACUCAGGAGCAAUAUGACACCGGUCACAUUAUGGCCUUUCUUAUAUUUAUUAUACAGAUGGUGCAUGUCUACAAUGGUUUAUUAUUUCAUCCCUCACACAUAGAGGACCAUUCAAGGCAUGCUCUGUUUGCAGUGCACAUAACAAACCUGAGAAACAACUAUUUACUUAUUGUGAUUGCACAAGAGAUUUACACAUGUAAAGACUUUAUUUUAUACCAAAAA